AUGUCGCCAUCCACCGCUCACAUAUCGAGCCAACUGCGGCAGUUGAUUUAUUAUCACCUCGAUAACAAUUUGGUUCGUAACGCGCUUUUCCUCGCCGGCCGCUUGCACGCCUACGAGCCUCGCGCAUCGGAAGCAUCAUACCUGCUCGCCUUGUGCCACCUCCAAAACGGCCAGGUAAAAGCAGCAUACGACUAUAGCAAGAACUUUGGAUCACGCGGCACGCAUCUUGGUUGCGCAUAUGUAUUCGCGCAAGCUUGUCUGGACCUGGGGAAAUACCUUGACGGCAUCACGGCGCUGGAACGGAGUAAAAGCCUUUGGGCUUCUAAAAACCAUUGGAACAAGCACAGCGAGACGCGCAGACAACAUCUCCCGGAUGCGGCAGCAGUGUUAUGCUUAUUGGGUAAGCUGUGGCAUGCCCACAAUCAGCACAAUAAGGCGGUAGAAUGCUAUGUUGAGUCGCUCAAGUUGAAUCCGUUCAUGUGGGACGCGUUUCUGGGUCUCUGCGAGACUGGUGUUAAUAUCCGAGUUCCGAACAUCUUCAAGAUGAAUCCCGAGUUCCAUGCUCUAGUAUCAUCUUCCUCGCAAGAGGACCUGGACAUCCCCUCCGAGAAGACGACACACAAUGGUGGCCCGUUGCAACCGCAGGCUAAAGCGAAUUCAAGCAUGGAUCCAUUCACGUCGCUGACAUCUCGAAGCGACACGACGGCCUCGCACGGCAGUUCGGCUCUAUGGGAAAAGCUGAAUGGGAGCACGGUCAGCGUGGCUUCAACAGGGACAGGCACGGCCCCGGCAGUUCGGGAAGGUACUGAGACACCCGGAGGUCAAAGCAGCGAAUCCGAUGAGAUUCGUGGCCUCAACCGGACAGGUAGCGGCGAAGGUACGUGGGAGCCGCCCUUAGCACCUGCUCGGAAGAACAGGACGAUCCAAGCCAUCGGAGUCGACCAUACCAUGGAUUCGCCGCCCAAGAUAAAACCAACGGGGAUCAGACCACGAACGAGGACCCGCGUCGAGACGGAAGAGCAAAACACGUUACAUCCGGAGAAAGACGCCAUCAAUGGUUCUCGGGUGGGAGAUCGCAAACGAACUGUCUCAGGCCAAGUGGCUCAUCCUUCAGCGCUACCGCCUUCUGAGCCAGGGGCGCCGCAACGGCGGAGCGUUCGACUCUUCAAUCAGAUCAAACCGACCACUAGCAAGUUGUCCAAUACCGCACUCGGAGCCAAGGAUGGCAGGGAGCUCAAAAAGGUCAAGGCCACUAGUACGAAGAGCCGCACUGCCACGGGCGCGAGUCUAAAUCGUGUUGUGAGCGGCUCCCGGAAACAGUUGAACGAAAUUCAUGAUGGUGAAACCAGGGAACAUCGACCAGGCAUUUCGGCGCCUAAUGGGGUACACCAUCCUCCCGCCAAGGGGACGUUGCUGGAGCGGUCAAAGGCAAUGGAGGCACUGAACUGGCUGCUCGAGCUCUUUUCGAAGUUGGCCUCCGGCUAUUUCGCCCUUUGCCGAUACAAGUGUCCCGAAGCUAUUCAAAUCUAUACAGCCCUGUCCCAAGGCCAGCGGGAGACCCCUUGGGUACUUUCGCAGAUCGGGAGGGCAUAUUACGAGCAAGCUAUGUAUUCCGAAGCGGAGAAGUACUUCAUCCGGGUCAAGACCAUGGCUCCUUCAAGAUUAGAGGAUAUGGAGAUCUAUUCGACGGUCUUGUGGCACCUCAAGAGCGACGUGGAACUGGCAUAUCUGGCCCAUGAGCUGAUGGAGAUUGAUCGCCUCUCCCCGCAGGCCUGGUGUGCUGUGGGCAACUCCUUCUCCCACCAACGGGACCACGACCAAGCUUUGAAGUGCUUCAAGCGUGCGACGCAAUUGGAUCCUCAUUUUGCCUACGGGUUCACUUUACAGGGACACGAAUACGUGGCGAAUGAGGAAUACGACAAAGCCCUAAACGCGUACCGACAUGGGAUUAGCGCCGACAGUCGGCAUUACAAUGCCUGGUACGGAUUGGGCACGGUCUACGAUAAGAUGGGCAAGCUUGAAUUUGCCGAACAACACUUCCGCAGCGCGGCCACGAUCAACCCGACCAACGCCGUACUUAUAUGCUGUAUUGGUCUGGUCCUGGAGAAAAUGAACAAUCCCAAGGCGGCUCUCAUUCAGUACGGUCGUGCUUGUUCUCUCGCCCCCCACUCGGUACUUGCUCGCUUCCGCAAGGCUCGCGUGUUGAUGAAGCUCCAGGAGCUUAAAUUAGCGCUCGCUGAGUUGAAGAUUCUCAAAGACAUGGCUCCCGACGAAGCCAACGUCCACUAUCUUCUUGGCAAACUCUACAAGAUGUUACACGAAAAAGCCAAUGCAAUCAAACAUUUCACCACCGCCUUGAAUUUGGAUCCCAAGGCGGCACAGUAUAUCAAGGACGCUAUGGAAUCCUUGGAUGACGACGAUGAAGACGACGAGGAUAUUGCAUGA